UACACUAAAAUGGCGGGAGCUGUACACGAAAUUCAUCUGGUAAACAAAUUGAUUUGAUAAAAUGGUAAAAAGACGGGGAAGGCCGUGUUCUACGGCCUCAAAUUUGAAAACAAAAACCAGAAGCAAUCAAUUACGUGGUAAGAAAUUAUCGAGCGAAGCUAUUUCGGUAAUCACUAAGAAGCCUCAGUGCUCUCUUAGAAAAUGCGUAGUAAGAAUAAAGCGCAUAAAGAUACAAGAUGGUGUCGCAUCCGUUGAAUCUCAAAGACCUGUGCAAGAUGUCAAUAUUAGCGCUUUUGAGCCGGCUCGCAACUCAACGAUGUACGUUCCUCAGAAAGUACAGAUCAUUAACAAGCCAAAAAUUACCAAGAAGAAGUUGGCAGAUCACGAAAAAUCUCCAUGUAAGCUUGCCGUGAAGGUUUCACCAAAAAAGCCAUCUCGCUUUUUCCAUAGAGAUCAGCCGCAAACGAGAACACGAUCUUCAGAAAAAGAUAAUGUCUUCGAUUUUCUCUCGCAGUCUCAGAUAGAUGAUGACAACAACAAGGAUGAUCCCGCGGCGGAUAUAAUUAAGCGCUUGAUGGAUAAUGGCAAGGCUUGUGUGAUGGUGCGCUCCAAUACUGGUAAAAUAAGAGCCAAAAGAAGUAAAAAUAUACGACCUGUAGGCAAGCGAAAAAUUUGUUUGCUAAAAGAUGUGGAUCCUGUGUCAUCCAAGAUAGUCACCGACGAAAAAGAAACUCGCAUUCAGCAACCACCACGAGCUCUUUCUCCUAUUUACGAGCCCGAGGAUGAUUCAAGCAAUGACUUAGUUCAAAACUUUGCGGAACCUAUUGAGGUGCCCGUCCAGGUGCAUGUAGAGCCGAGCACUUCAAAGCAAAUGCACGAAGGAGCCUACAGUAGUUUGGCUCGAUCCGCAAUGUUAAAACAAACUCAGGCUCAGAAUCGGCCAAAGUUAACGGACAGACGUCGGGAACUAAUUAACAUGGCGCGCCAAUUGGUUAGCACGCCCCUGAAUCGCAAGAUUCCUCCGAUACCAGAAGCCAAUUCCACAGUCACAGCAAUAUCUCCUAUUACCCGCCAGUCCCCCAAUGCAGUCAGUCCGGCUGGGCCGGCAUCCCCCUGGCGCGUUUCUGACGAGUCACCAAUGCCAAAUACUUUUCGGUUUGGCUUCAACACCUCCCAGCUGCCUUCGUACUCCAGUGACCACAUGCGGCGACCACAUGUCUAUGUACCGGAUGCUCAAGCGGAGCAAUCCGAGAAGAGCACUAACGAGGAGCCUGGCCACGAGGAAUCCAUUUGUCCGCCUUUGCAUGAGCAAAGUCGUGACUCAAAUGCGAAUGACUCGAAUGGGGAGAAUUGCCCGCCUCCUCCUACUAGUAAAAGUAUGGCACUUAAUGACCAAGAAAACGCAGAGAACUUUGUGCACCUGCCGAAUCCACGUAGGACCCUUCAGAAGCGCGUUCCCUUUAAGGAUAUUAAUAUACUAGAAGUAGUGAUGUUGCCGCCAUGGAAGAAAAAUGUGCAAACCACUCCGUCGAAAGAAAAACCGUCAAACAUAGUGUCUAUUAAUCCAGCAGCUACUUCAUCGCCCUUGGGGCGCAGUCAAACACGGACCAAUCUCUUUGGUUUUGAUGAGAUUGUUCCUUGUGUAAAUAUACCCAAUAAAACACCGGAUUCACGGAAUGCUAAGACCCCUCCCUCAAAAAGUACCAUUUCCUCCACUGCGGCCACUAUUUCAGAAUCAGUUGCUUCUCCAGCGCACCGCAGUGAAACGCGGGUGAAUCUUUUCGGUUCCGACGAAAUAUUGCCAUGUGAUGAUAUACCGAGGACAAAGGCACGAGCAUCUCCCUCUCGAAAUCUAUUUGGGUUUGAUGAGUUCAUCAGUGAAAGCGAAGAUUUACAUCCCGGUACCAGAUCGCCAAAUCGAAACGUAACCCUUCAUGAUAAACUUCAUCGACUAGCAGAGCUGCGACCAAGCGAUAGCGAGCUUCCACAAGUUUCAACUAACCCAAUACGUGGCGAUUAUUUGGAGAAAUGGCAUCAGAAAGAUAUCAGAGAAGUGUUCUGCUCCACGAUGAUUGCUGCGCAAGCAACACCAAAACCAUUAGCUGCAGUAACUGCAAGGGAAUCCUUCGGAUUGUUUAGAGAAGAUCAAGCCGAACCGGAAAAAACAUUUGAUGAAAAGAAACCAAGGCGAACUUAUGUGAAGGAGCGUCCACAGCGCAAGCGAAAGAAGAGAGUUCAGAUAUUGUACAUUGAAAGCGAAUCUGAGGACGAGGUCGAGCAGGACUCGCUUGAAAAAAGCUCCGAUUCUCCGCAGAAGAAGCAGCCACAGAGCAAACGACCACGUAGGGAUAUCGAUCAUGAGGCUAAAUUGCAAGAGUAUAUUACCAGUUUUAACAAGGAGUGUGAGGAAGUGGAAAAAUUCCCAUUGAUCAUUGAAUAAUCACAUUACCUGUUUCCUAUUUUAAUUUUUUUUUUGUAUGUCGCUUUUGUUUUUAAUUACUUGUGAGUGUACCUUGUUGUUUUAUCUACAAAGAUGGGAAGAUUGCGUUUUCUAAAAUUAUGUAAACACAAACUGUAAAACUAUAGUAACUUAUUAAGUGUCAAAGUUUCAAGAGCGUGGUUUGGGUAGAGCUUUUACAUUUCUAUAUUAUGCACUAUCAGUAUAUGACAUAUAUGCAUUAUCAUAAUUAUGUAAAUGGUGUAAUAAACAUAAAAUAAUUUAUAUAAUCAA